CUGACAGAGGAACAGAAUUUUGCAAUGAUCUAAAUGACAAGUUAUGCCGCCAACUUUCGAUCGAGAGACGGGUAACAACUGCCUACCAUCCCCAAACAAAUGGAUUGACAGAACGUUUUAAUCAAACUCUGUGCCAUGCAAUUGUGAAGUAUGUCAACAACACACAGGAUGACUGGGAUACAUAUCUACAGCAAAUAGCGUUUGCCACAAGGACUUGUGUCCAAGCUUCUACAAAGGAAACCCCAUUCCAACUAACCUAUGGCAGGAAAGCAGUCCUCCCAUUACAACUGGACAUACCAACAACUUUACCAUCAGAACCAGCCCUUAAUGAGGAGGAUUAUCAAGACCUCAUUAAUGACAGAGCUGCCUCCUUUGCCGAACUUAUGAGCCUUCAGAACAUCGCAAAAGAACGGAUAAAGGAAGCUCAAGUCAAACAGAAAGAACAUUAUGAUAGGAAAAACAGUGGGAAAGAGCAUGCAGUUGGAGACAGCGUCCUCAUCCGCAACAAGAAACGGAUAAAUAGGAAAGGGGAUAAGCUCCAUUCCAAAUGAGUAGGACCGUUUACUGUUUCACUCAACUUAGGGAAAGGUGUCUACAAGGUAGAGGGAAGAAAAGCGAAAGUGAACAUCAAAGAUAUGAAAUUAUACCGACGCCCAACGAAAACCCAACAAAAGACUCCUGGAGAUUCCAGUGAUGAGCCAAAAGCAGCAAUCACAAAACCAAAGACAAAGACAGAAACAAAAAAGAAUGCCAGCCACCAGAUUCCCAGACAAACAACAAAGACACUUAAGCUCCUACCGUCAAGAAAGAAAAAGACCAUCAAAUCUAAGAAAAAGGAUAAUUUGCCAACUGCUGUACAGGCCAGGAUAGAUGACCAUGUGAGGAAAAUGGACAGCAAUAUGAAGAGGAAGAUUUUCAGUAUAUGCAGCAAUACAACCAUACAACAGCCAACCAACCCAACAAAUGCUGUAAUAGGGAGUUCGCCGACACUAUCAAUUAUCAUGGAAGCUGACAGAAGAUUUGGAAAUGAUGUGGAAAUUUGCACCAACGAAUUUCUUUCAUGGUACAUGACAGCAGGGCUCGAAGUUCAACUGGUUGAUACAGUGGAUGCUUUCAUGUUGGCUUCAUCCCUUGUUACCACGUCAUUCCAUGACAGCGUCUCGAUAGAAGACAUCUUGAAGACAAUACAGAAUGUGCCAACGUCAUCAAUGAGUGCUGAUUCACCAUGCAAGAUCCUCAAGACAACAACAAAGAUGACAAUCGGGAGCACAACUAUUGAUAGAAAGGAUCUCUACACACUUUAUCCUGAUAAGUGGCUGAAUGACCAGGUUAUCCAUGCCUACCUAGGACUUCUGAAGGCUGAACACAAUGAUGUCAACCAGAUGGGAUGUUAUGUUCUCCCUUGUUUCUUGGCAAGCAAGUGGGAAGCAGCCCUGGACAUAUAGUGCAUGGCUGUAUCCAAAGGUACCAUUGGAGUCAUACCAAACAGUAUUCCUGCCUGUUUGUUACCAACACCACUGGUUUCUUCCGGUUGCCUCCAUGGAGACUGCUUCUAUUUCUGUGCUUGACUCCCUCCCUGAUGUAGGAAGAACACAGAAAUUCUGCGAACACUGGAGGCACUUCAUGGCAGCCAGAGGAGACGGGAGGACAUGGCAGACUGGGGACAACACUUCCAACAAACAGAUGGAUGGAAACGCAUGUGGUGUAUUUGUCUUAAUGAAUGCAGAAGCAAUCAUCAAGAAGACCUCAACAAAAGUCAUGAGGCACUGCCAUGUCGGUUACUUCAGGAAGUAUGUGAUAAAGAGACUUUUACAGGAUCCGUCAAGAGCCAAUGAUGCUGCCUGUGAUUUACCUUUUUGUGCAAACACCGACAGACAUCUUCGGAGAAACCAGUGUGAUAGAUGUGACAAGUGGGCUCACCCCAAGUGUUUGGGACUUCAUCAAGACAAGACAAGGUCACCUUGUGUGUUUUGUUAAAACAAUCGUUGUAUCCACCUAUUUCUGGCAGUUUACCCUUUUCCAGUUUUAUAGUACUAGGGAGAAUCUGCUCAGAAAAAUUCCUCUACAAAGUUGAAUAUUUGGGCUUAAUAGUCCCCUACCGGUGAAACCUGGGGAACUAUAGGUUUUGCCUGCGUCCGUCCGUCUGUCUGUUUGGUUGAAGUUUUAUAAUGGCACACCAUUCACUUAAUAAUGGUAUUAGGAUGCUGAUUCUUUGCAAAAAGUUUCUUUGGGUGUGUGUCAUUACUUCUGUAUGGUUAAAACUGAAAAAAUACUUUCAUUUUUUGAAAUUUCUGGCAUAAUAUGCACUUUUUUCUCUGUAUAAAAGUUUUGGUUAAAGUUUU